GAGACGCGCGCGCCGCGCGACAGGUCUGGAAGUGCGAGGAGGAGGACGCAGGGAAUAGAGAAAAAAAAACCCCUGCUGGAGCGGAGAGUGAUGGCGGUGAGCAGGAAGAAAGGGACUAGUUUGAGACCGUAAUACGCGCGGGACCGCCGCGGGCCACCUUUCGGCGCCGAACGCGAUGAAGCCAGCCGGGGCCGAUGCCUUCGCUGAGAGUCUGUAGCUAAAGACGGCAACUCCGAAGAAGCUCCGACCGGACCGAUGGCGCCACCUUCGUAGAGUGUAGUGAUAAUAGUUCACCAACAAAACAGCAUCAGUCUCUCCUAAAGCCGGAUUUUUCUAUUGGGGCCGCAGUCACAAGAAGCAAAGUAAAAUGAUCAGAGCAGAAAACAAAGGAGGUGAGAGGACCCUGAGGAGCGCGUCCCCUCACAGAAAUGCAUACAAGUCUGACUUCCACGCCAUCAAGUGCACUUUUGAUGGGUCGAAGUCCGAGAGCGAUCCCAAAACGUACACAAAUGGCUCGAGCGAGACCCGGGAGGACUCGAGGGGGAGGCCCUUUGGGACCAGGGUGAACAAGAUAAAGAACAUAUUCCUACAGAUGGACGGUCAACAACAGGAGUGCCAAGAGGGCAAAGUGACCCCGAAGCCCGAUGUGUCACCUGCCUCCCCGACGAAGCUGCAGUUUCCAGUCAACACUCACAGAGUUAGCCUCAACAGUGCCGCAAGCCCAGAAUCACAAAACGUAGAUAAAACGCCCAAGGGGGAAGAUGUUGAGAUUGACAAAGUGGCCUUGGCAGAAAAGUUUUCUGUGACCAGAAAACUCUUUGAAAGGGGCAUCAAAGAGCCGCCUGCAGCCGAAAAACAGUCUCCAGGCAGAGGAGUGACCCGUUUGUCCCUCGGAAGUUCCUCUGAUGAGGGGAAAUGCACAAGGAGAGCAUCGGGCUCCUCGGAGACCGCUGUCAAAUCAGAGCAAACUCCUAAAUCAACAGUUAAAUGUCAACCGGAUGAGAAGGCCGAUAGUGAGAAAAAGAAUGCGUCCAGAGGGUCAUUGAAUGCAGGACCCAUGUCCAAAAGGUUGGAUAAUUAUGUGGCAGAGAAUGACCUCGAAGACAACAACAACGCCGCUGCUGCAAAGGGAAGAGUGGCGUCCGCAAAACAACACAGCCCCACCGAAGAAAUAUCUGUCUCUCCAACAAAGGACGGCUUCCACAAAUCUACUUCUAAAGAAGCCACCAACUCUACGCCUGCGACUGACGCCGCCAACAAGAACACGGCCCAGACCGCUGGUGUCUCCAACAGACAGACGUCCGUUGUCAAAGCAACCAUCGCAGUUCCCAAUGCGGCAAACAAAUCUAAUACUCCAACUACAGAGGUCGCCCUCAAACCCCUGUCACCGGAGAAACCGAGCCCAGUUAGCCAUGGCUACAAACACUCAUCAUCCAGUGUUGGUUUUGGUAGGACAUCUUUUGGGGGGGACGAAGCCAAUCCACAUAGUCCGCCCCCAAGGGACGCGAAGCAGCCUCCUCCGUCAGCCGGCGGAUUUCAGAACACCAACAGGGCUAAAUACCCUGAAAAGUCCAGGAGUCCUACAGCGGACAAGCCGUCCAGCCAGACCUCCUCACUGGACUCCAGGGGGGUGGGCGUGGUGCGGGCAGAACUGGUGGUGGUUCAGAACGAGUCCUCUGAGAGUGAGGAAAACGAGGACGAGAACACGGACGAUAAUGUGUUUGAGGAACGGAAGGUGCAAAGCCCCAAAGAUGACCUAAUGACAAACCUGAAAAGGACCCCUGCGACAGAAAAAACAACUAGUGUCCCGGCUCAUCAUGUCUUUGCACGAGAUGUUGCAAAAGAGACGCAAAGGACAGCGGAGACCAUGGUUGAUGGUGGAGUUCUAAAGGACAAAGAGCGACUCGGGUUGAAAAAGGAAGACAUUUCAGCUGGGAAUCGAUAUGGGGACGAUUACCCUGAGGAGGAAGAUGAGGUCGCAGAGGAGGAGAGUGAGCUGGAGGAGCAUAUCGUCCUGGAUAGAGGCUCACCAGUGGUGUACGGUAUUGAGAAUGCAGCAUUUGUGGAUGACAGAGAUGUAGACCAGAUCCUCAGGGAAGAGGAGGAGGACGAUGAUGAAGAUGAAGAAGAUGGUGAAGAGGAGGAAGAUCGAACUUAUCGGGAUUAUGACGAAUGUUACGAGACCACCGGUCUGUCGGAUGAGGAGGAGCCUCUCCCCAGGAGGAAGAUCAAGUUCUCCACGGAGCCCAUUCAGGUGUUCAGUACCUUCUCCAAUGAGGAUUAUGAUCGGCGCAAUGAUGAUGUAGAUCCAGUCGCAGCCUCGGCAGAGUACGAGCUGGAGAAGAGGGUGGAGAAGAUGGACGUGUUCCCUGUUGAGAUUGAGAAAGGAGAAAAUGGACUGGGCAUCAGUAUCAUUGGAAUGGGAGUGGGAGCUGAUCAGGGACUGGAGAAGCUGGGAAUCUUUGUGAAAACCAUCACCGAGGGCGGGGCAGCCGAGAACGAUGGGCGCAUACAGGUGAAUGACCAGAUCGUGGAGGUGGAUGGUACCAGUCUGGUGGGCGUCACCCAACUGUUCGCUGCAACCGUCCUGAAGAACACCAAAGGCACAGUGAGGUUCUCGAUUGGACGGGAACAGCCAGGCACUCAAAGCGAGGUCGCCCGCCUCAUAACUGAGACAUUAGAGCAGGAGAAGAACCAGCUGCAACAACAUCUGGAUGACCACUAUGAACACUCUACAGAGGAGGAGGAGUGUCAGGAAGAGCGCUACGAGGAGGAGGAAGAGGAGGAUGAAGAGGAGGAGGAGGGGGUGGAUGAGAGGAUUUUGUGCUCCAGUUUCUCCGCUGGGCAGAACGUGGAGCUGUACGAGCUGCCCGACACAGAGGCGCUGUUCAUGCCGACCAACAUGGACGGCUCUCAGAUGGUCUUCAAGUUCAAAGAGCUGCAGCUCAAACACAGCACUGCUGCAGCAGAAAUAAAUCAACUGAAGGAAAAGCUACGUGCAUCUGAGGAGCAUCGAUCGCUGUGGGAAGCGAGGGAGUCUGCACUGGAGCAAAAGAUCGAGGAUAGCAACGACAAAAUGCUCAAGUUGGAGAGUUACUGGCUGGAAGCUCAGGGUCUGUGUAGGACUGUGAAUGAGCAACUCGCCGAGACUCAGAGCCAGCAUGAGACGCUGGACAAGAAGUACAACAAGGCCAAGAAACUGCUCAAGGACUACCAGCAGAAAGAAAUAGACUUUGUGAAGAAAGAGGAGGAGCUGAGAAAGAUUCUAGAUGAAAAAGACAAGUGGUAUAAGCAGCAGCUGGAGAGCUUGCAGAACAGGAUUGCUGUGCUGGAGUCCAGAGGGGCCUCGAACGAGGAGCGUCAGAACGGUCACAUCCCGACAGCAGGCGAGAGAUCAACCGGCCGAGACCCGGCCGCCAACGCGCAGUCUGUGGACUCGCCACUCGAAGAAGAAGACUGGAACGAGUUGGUUCCUGAGACCGAGCGCCUGGACACCAGUGCUCACAAAGCAAAAGGCCUGCUGGCGCAGAGGGCCAAGCGUCAGCCUCCAUCCCGGAACAAACUGAAGGACCACCUGACGCUGGCCACAGGUCACACUCAGGAAACCAAAGAAGAGGAAGAGCAGGAAUCUCCCCAGAGGAGGAGCUCCAUCCAGGAGAGCCUGUGUCUUCCGGUGCCCGUCUGCUACCCUGGGAAUGGACAAAAAGAGGAUGCGGGGGAGACCAGAGAUGGAUCCGGGAGUAAAUCAGAGCUCUCCAGCAUCCAGUCUCUGUCCCCAUCACAGGGAGACGGUAUUGAAAGCAGCGGAAGUGUCUCUUUGUCCAGUCCAAAAGACACCUCGUCCCCACAUUCCCCCUCUGGAUUAAUGCACAAUUUCAAGAAGACAGAGUCAAAAGGGAAGAGCAAAGAGCUCAAAGAGGAGCCAAAUGAGGCCUCAUCAGCUGGAAAACCGAAAAGAAGAUUUCCAGACUUUGGAGGUCUCCGGAAGUCAGGCGGCAAAGGAAAAAAACACGAUAAGGAGGCCAUGAGAGCAUCUUUAGACAGCAGGGGAUCGGCGGAGCUACUGGAGGAGUCCGGCGGGAACCUGUCUCCUGCCGACUCAAUGACCUCCAUCCCCACCUGCAUGCCCUUCUCCUGGUUUGGAGACAAAGAGAGGGACAGAGACCGAGAGCCCUCCUCUUCCAGCAGCAGCCUGCCGUACGCCGCGACCGAGACCAGCAGCGAGCAGAGCCAGGACCGCAGGAAUAAGACAAAUCUCUCCUGGUCCUCUUUAUUCAGUCGCUCAUUAGAUUUGACUUUUUCAGUCAUAGAUGAUUCUAACCCUGCCAGCCCCAGUUCAGACACCGCGGGUUUAGUCGCUGAGCCCAAUCUGACUGGGCGCUCACACACUUUAAUCUUCUCUUCCAGUGAGACUUUGGAUGAUGAACCAGCAGCUCCAGGGAAAGAGUAUCAGUGGCAGAACCGGCCCGUCUCUGAGUGGACCAACCAACAGGUCUGUCACUGGUUGAUGGGCAUGAACAUGGACCAAUACACCCCCGAAUUCACAGCCAAGGGUGUGGACGGCCAACAGCUCCUCAACCUGGACAGUGAAAAGCUGAAAGGACUUGGUGUGUCAAGUCAAAGCGACCGUUCGACGGUCAAGAAGAAGCUGAAGGACUUGCGUAAGGUUCAGGAGAAGAUGGAGAAGCAGAGAGAGAAAAAAGAGAAGGAGGGGCGGCGCAGCGGGAGACCGCAAGCCAGCACGGACUCCAUCUGCUGAGUCAGCAGCGCCGCUGCCUGGAUUCAUGCAUCCAGCGAGCACCCAUUUUUAAUUAUUUGUAUUACUCUUUUGGUGCCAUGAGGUGACUUUCCUGUGUAAACACCAACGACCAGAGAAACGCCUGCCAGACGUGCCGACUGAUGUGCCAGUUGUGAUUGACGUUCACGCAGUAGCUCCUCAUUCUUCUCUCGUACUUCAGCUCAAACUAUUUUAAAGGACGGAUGGUGAAUGUAAAAAAAGGAGAAAUAGGACAUGUGACCAAAAUGGAAUCCUAACAUCUUUUUACCACUAAAAGCUCAAAUCUGUAAUUAUAGAAGAAAUGUUUUCAGAAUAGAUCAUGCACACAUUUACCAAUGGAAGUCAAAUGUCUACUGCUUUUCCAGCAUUUUAUAUUUUUGCUAGUAUAACUUGCCUGUUUCCGUGUACAUGAACUCUUCUGCAGGAAUGGUUGUUGUAAAGUUCAGAUACAAGCACUAUAUUUGUCUUUUAAGCUUCAAAGGGUGACAAGGUUUUAAAUGUAUAAAUGAGUUUUAUACAUGUGCUUAUUAACUGCAUAUCUGUUUUUUUUUUUACUUAAAUACCAUUGUUCAUUUUAUACUGCAUCCAUUUUUCUACUAAGUAGAAUAGCUUGGCUGUGGGAUUUCACUGAAUGAAAAGCAGCAGACGCAGCUCACGCAGGGACGAGGUGAAUCCGCCCGGCACGCAGCUCUGCUACGUCCGCUCCUCCUCACCGCCGCUCCGUCAGGCGCCACGACGAGGACGCCUGUGGGGUCGGCAUGUGAGGCCCGAGCGACACCGGGGUCAGUGCGCGGCGUCUCCCUCUUUGUGAAUGGGAGAAGCAUUUCUUGGUACAAGCAUCAAUAAACUAAUUUUCACUUUA